AUGUCGGUACCUUCGUUUAAUUCCUUUCCCCUCUCCUUCUCCUCCUUCCCCGAGCUAAACCCCGAAAGUCAAUCUAAACCAUCUGAAGCAGGGUCAAGCUCACGAAUCAAUGGAAAUUCGAAACGCAGCAAAGACGGCGAAAGCGAGAGGAAGCGUCAUAAGCACAGACGAAAGCCUCGAUCCAGCUCUCGCUCGCGGCAUGUCGAGAACCAGUCACCCGACGUUGUCACUGCUCCAGACCGGGAUGAAGUUCAGCGUAUAUAUUACUCCGACCGGAAGGGUGACUUUCUGAACAUACAAUACGGCAGUCUGCAUGCCGGAGACGUGCCAAAAUAUCGCCUAGCUCGUGGGGGUAGGAACGUAUUGGGAUUGUCAAACUCUCUUAUAGUUGUUCGGAGAGAUGGGAAGGGCGUUGAGAUUGGCGUAAUGGGGCGACGUAAAUUGUCGAGUUUGACGGACUCGACUUCUCGAGCUCUUCUCGCUGCUCCGCCCACCCGACGCAUUAUCCACUCUGAUAAAGAACACAAGUAUCGUGAAGUUGACGGGUUUAUCCGAAUACCUUCCCGGCACAGUCGACACAAUCUCGACGACUCAUACCGGUCCAUCGUACCAGUUGUUGAAAAUUCCGAUUCGGAAUCAUCUCCAGAGUCCGAUUACGGUCCGGACAACGACGAUGACACUGAUUUAGAGGGUGAUACAGCUUUGUCAUUGACGUCUCACCAAGAAACGCUCAAAACUUUGGAAAGGGCGUUGGCUGUCAACCCUGCUUCUAUUGACAACUGGGUGUCUCUUCUCAAUCAUACGUUGUCUUCAAUCCCCAUAACUUCGAAGAACGCCACCAAGGCUCGGUCUGAAAUAACAGUCUCUCUCCUGACGCGCGCCUUUUCUGCUGACCCCCAGAAUUCAAAAUCGAAGCUUUUACGGCUGAAAUACUUAAAGGCAGGGGAAGAGAUGUGGCACGAGAGCAAGUUAAAGGCCGAGUGGGAAGAUGCAUUACGGGUGGGCGGAGUGGAGAUCUGGAUGGAAUGGCUCGAAUGGAUGACAAGGAAAGGAGAUAGCGGCGUAGAGGGCGUGGUUGACUCUGCCGUACGAGCCUUGCAGUCUUUUGGAUUCGACGAAGAAGGACAAUUAGCAAAAGUCAGAGUUUUUUGGAGGACAGCGGUGGCUAUUCGAAAUGCUGGGUAUUCUGAACGUGCGACGGCUAUGUUCCAAGCUCAGACGGAGCUGUCGUUCAAUUUGCCCAAGUCGCUCUCAGCUGCACCAUUUCAAACACAACUGGACAAGCUCGAAGAAUUCUGGGAGUCAGAAACCCCACGGGUGGGCGAGGAAAAUGCGAAAGGCUGGAACUCCUGGUAUGCUUCAGGCAAGGCUAACAUGCCCCCAGGUCUCACUACAUUUUUGAAACCCUGUGAUUCUACCGAUCUCGAUCCAUACCGCCAAUGGGCUGCCCAGGAGUUGAAAGCCGAUCAAACCUCAAUAUAUCCCAUUCGUGCUUUGUCUGGUGACGCCGGAUGUGACCCAUAUGGCACGAUACUUUUCGCUGACAUACGCCCAAUGAUGUUGGAUCUUUGUGCGUCAAAAGCAAAAGAUGCUCUGCGAAUGGCUUGGAUAUCUUUGCUUGGUCUUCACAUUCCUGGGCUCUCGCUUUCUUUCUUUGGUUCUGCGGACUUUAACUGGGAUGAUCGGUGGAAUAUGACUCAUUUGACGAAAUCCCCUCAUCUACAUGUACUCAUUCCUAAUUCUGGCACGCGUCACAGAUCUACGCCCCAGUCUGUUGCGGGCGUCGCUGUGGGACCAGAACAAGAGUAUCACAGCGUUUUUGGGCCAGUCCGACAUUGGGGUAUGGGCGUUCUCAAUCCUUUGGACAUCAUUUUGGUGGGUCGAAAGGCAUCAGCAACCCUGAGUGCGGUUUGGGGUGCAGACGAUGUUUCAAGUGUCGAUGCUGCACUGGUUAGGCAGGUGUUCAAACAGCUCAGAGAAGGAGAUUGCGAUCAUGAAUGGGACUCUUUGGCUCUAUCUUUUGAAGCUGCGAACAAUAUAAAGAGUGCUUUGAAAUUAUCCAAGGCGUUUCUGUCGACUGCUCGAGAGUCUCUUAUUCGUUGGGGGACCCACGCCCAACUUGAGAGGAUACGGGGUCGUGUAGACGAAGCUCGAAAGGUGUUCAAAACAGUCCUCACUGCGUCGACUUGUGAUCCCACUACGGCAGGUGCGUCCCAGAUUUGGUGGAACUGGGCGGAAAUGGAGUGGCUGGAGGGCGACUCCGAUCUGGCUGUAGAUGUGAUCUUACUUUUCGCUGGAAUUGAAGGGAGCAAGAGUGGUGCAGCAGUAUUGCGUUGCAGACGUAUGCUUGAGGAUGGGAUACAACGCGCGUUUCAUUGGAAGGACCGCGAAGCUUGGAUAACACUGCGGGCUUUGCUUGAGCUUCUUAUGGGAACGGCUAUGAUGGAGGUGCUGGGAAUUUUUGAUUCACACAUGGCUACAAACUGUGGUAUGAUUGAACACGAAAGUCUUACGGUGGCUUCUUUACUCCUGCUCUACCGACAUGGGAUAUUGCUUCGGAACGCGAUGCCACCUGCCAUUCUCAGACAACGAGCCGAGAAGGCACUCCAAGAUUACCCCAGCAAUUCGAUAAUUUUGGGAAUAUUUUUGGAGGGGGAAAAAGGACAAGGAAUUUGGGGCAGGGUGAGGGGACUUUUGGGAGGGAGCGACGCGAAGGUGAAGGAUGUCGCGCGACGGAUUGAGGAGGUUUGGGUUGCUGGAUGGGAAAAGGGUCGGUGGAUGAGCGAGAUUGAACGCACACGAAGUGGACUGUCUGCAGCGACAGAGCAUGAGCGGACUAGAGCAAGCUCCGUGAUCUGGAGAAUCUGUAUUGAGUUGGAGAUUCAGGCAGGGGCGCUUCAAAACGCGAAGAAGCUGCUUUUUAGGGCGCUUGGAGAAUGUCCCUUAGUAAAAGAGUUGUACCUGCUUGCGUUUGGCUCGCUGAGAGGAGUGUUUGACGGCCGAGAGUUGAGUAGCAUUGCAGACGUAAUGGCGGAGCGAGGGCUACGGCUUCGGAAAGGGUUGGAUGAAGUCGUCAAGAAUGGUGAAGUUACCGGCGAGUUAAGUAAUCAAGGGGGCGGAAGCGAAGACGAGAUUGAGUACAACGCACGCGAGUUGAGACGGUUAAUGCCUUACUAG